UUCAGAUAAACAGAGGAAAUAAACAUGGGUACAGCAACGUGAAUCCGUGGAAAUAAACCGCACAGUAACAUUGCACUGAGAGCACAGAUACAAACUGGUGACAUUUAUUUACAACGCAUAUAUUUAUAUAUUAAAGCAGAUCUAUAAUUUAGCUAUUAACGUUUGUGAGUCUUACUGACUGACUGACCAUGGCAGAGAAGACCAGCCGGCUCAGCUUCCCCGGGAGCGGUGCACUGAACAGACCUGUCCCGAUGAACCUGUUCGCUACCUGGGAAAUCGACGGCUCGUCUCCAAGCUGCAUACCCAGGCUCUGCAGUCUGACGCUGAAGAAGCUUGUGGUAAUGAAGGAGCUGGAUAAGGAGCUCAUCUCAGUGGUCAUCGCUGUCAAAAUCCAGGGCUCCAAGAGGAUCCUGAGGUCUCAUGAGAUCGUGCUGCCCCCUAGUGGACUGGUGGAGACAGACCUGGCUCUCACGUUUUCACUGCAGUACCCUCACUUCCUGAAGAGGGAAGGCAAUAAGCUUCAGAUCAUGCUGCAGAGGAGGAAGAGAUACAAGAACAGGACCAUCCUGGGGUACAAGACGCUGGCUGUGGGCUCCAUCAACAUGGCUGAGGUGCUACAGCACCCCACUGAGGGGGGCCAGGUCCUCUCACUCUGCAACAACAUGAAGGACACGGCCACCAAGGUGGCUGAGAUCUGGAUCUUCUCCCUGUCCAGCCAGCCCAUCGAUCACGAGGAUGGGGCCAUCCAGGGGGAGCAGAAAGCCAAGUCCACAGAUAAUUACUCUGAAGAGGAGUACGAGAGCUUCUCCUCGGAGCAGGAAGCCAGUGAUGACGCGGCCCAGGGUCAGCAACAAAACUUCAAGCAGAAGGUUGUGGCCUUGCUGAAGAGGUUCCGAGUUUCAGAAGAGGUGCUGGACUCGGAGCAGGACCCAGCAGAGCAGGUCCCGGAGGUGGAGGAGGACCUGGACCUGGACAGUCUGGACAUCGAGAACCCGAGCGACAGCGGACCGGAGCUGGACGAUGACGACAGUGUGCUGAGCACGCCCAAACCCAAACUCAAGCCUUAUUUCGAGGGUAUGUCCCACUCCAGCUCCCAGACUGAGGUCGGCAGCAUCUACAGCAUCCGGAGCCAACGCGAGCCCCCUAGCCCGAUGGAAUCGCCCGACAAGUUGAAAAGCUCAGGAAGCAAGUUCCAAGUGGACGAUGUAUCUGACACAGUCUCCUUCGAGCAGCCCGAGGCCAUUACACCCACGACAGAGCUGGAGCGAAACAACAUGGAUACCUUCCUUGAGAAACUGCCUCCCAGUGGGAAAAUCACCAAGACAGAGUCCUUCAUCAUCCCCUCCAACAGACCGGAUUCGAAGCUGACGGGCCGGCGAGGCAGGAGCACCUCCCUCAAGGAGAGGCAGCCAGUCAGACAGCAGAAUGAAAGAGCAAACAGCCUGGACAACGAGCGCUCCCCCGAGACCAGGUGUCACAUGCAGAUCCCAAGGAAAACUGUGUACGACCAGCUUAACCACAUCCUCAUCUCAGACGACCAGCUCCCUGAGAGCAUCCUCCUGAUCAACACCUCCGACUGGCAGGGGCAGUACCUAUCGGAGGUUUUGCAGAAUCACCAGCUGCCCAUGGUUUGCACCUGCUCCAACGCAGACAUCCAGGCUGCGUUCAACACCAUCGUUUCACGCAUCCAGAGAUUCUGUAACUGUAACUCUCAGACGCCGAUACCCAUUAAGAUCGCUGUGGCCGGGGCUCAGAGUUACCUGAGCGCUGUCCUGCGCCUCUUUGUGGAUCACCUGUCUCACAAGACCCCUAACUGGCUGGGCUAUAUGAGGUUCCUCGUCAUUCCACUGGGCUCUCACCCCCUCUCCAAGUACCUGGGUACCAUCGACUAUCACUACAGCAACCUGUUCCAGGACACAGCCUGGAGAGACUUGUUCCAUAAACAGGAGGCGCCUGUCUUAGUUCCUGAGUGCCCUGACCUGGUUUCUAGGAUCACACAGUAUAUGGUGCGAGCGAAUGGAGCGCACCAGCUUCCCAUUGCAGAGGCCAUGCUGACCUACAAGCAGAAGAGCCUUGAUGAAGAUUCCUGUCAGAAGUUUAUCCCGUUUAUUGGCGUGGUGAAUGUGGGGAUUGUGGAGCACUCAUCUGCAAUGUCAGGUGACUUGGACGAUGCAGCCCCAGUGGGGUCUAUGCUGCUCUCCUCCACCCCCCCUCAGGUGUCUCCUGUGCUGAAGGAGGCCUUGCCCACACCACCCUCCUCUCCCUCCGUCACCACUGGCUUAUACUCCUACAGUACCCCAGGCGGUGGCCAGGGGGAGCUCAUGGGUCUGCAGGUGGAUUACUGGGUGUCGGUGCAGGGAGGUGAGAAGAAGAGGGACAUGGAGAAGAAGGACUCCUCCUCCAAGAACUCGCUGAAGUGCACCUUCCUGUCGCUGCAGGUCAGCCGCCUGCCCCUCUCGGGGGGCGAUGCCUCCCCCCAGUCCACCAUGAACAUGACCGUCGUCACCAAGGAGAAGAACAAGAAGGUGAUAUUUCUGCCAAAGAAAACAAAGGACAAAGAAGUAGAGUCCAAGAGCCAGGUCAUUGAGGGCAUCAGCAGACUGAUCUGCACUGCGAAGCACCAACAGACCAUGCUGCGGGUGCUGAUAGACGGAGUUGAAUGGAACGAUGUCAAGUUUUUCCAGCUGGCAGCUCAGUGGUCAUCCCAUGUCAAACACUUCCCCAUCGGCAUCUUCGGACACUCCAAAGCCUCCUACUAACUGAGGGGGAACCCCCACCCCUCCUGUAGCUACUCUCAGCUGUGUGCCAAGAUUCAUCCCUCCCUCACCUCCCCCUCUCCCUCUCUCCCUCCUUCCUGACCAAUGGCCCACCUCACCCCCGGCCUACUUAGCUGCGUUUCUGAUUUACUUUUUAAAAUUUUAAGGAAAUGGGGCUGUCAAAAUUUCAAAUUGACUUUUUAUAUACAUUUGAAAACCUAAUGAAAUAAAUAAUUUUAAACCAUUGACUAAAAAAACAACUCCCUAACAGUAUCAAAAGUAGGACCCAUGUAAACAUACUGUUUCAUCUGAAUAGUGCAAUAACUUGUAAAUACAGCGAAACCUGAACUAACCACUGGUCACCAAGGGGCAUCUGUGGUUGCUGUGGCUGCUUAUUCCAUGUACCACUAGUUCAGUUUUCACCUGCUCAGUAGGAGCAGCUGAUCCCUUACUUUGGAAGGCCGUAAAGAUCGUUUACUGCAUGAAAAUGGAUACAAUGACAAUGCAUAAAAAGGGAUGCAUUAUGAUAAACAGGGUUAUUUAACUCUAGGGUGGAAGGAUGUUUAUUUUAUAUUAAUUCUGAGUUUAUUUAUUAUGCCAGGUCUGGUUGUUGUCUAAAGUUCUCCCUUUCUCAUCCUUUGCCAUGAGAAUCACAGUGAACAGCAGCCGGUCGAGCCGUGUGGUCCUGCAAGGGCUACUCCCCUGCCACUUUAUAGGUGGAGAGUAACCAUUGGUCUGCUCUUUUUAAUUGGUUCAGUUUAAUAAUUAACCCUUUGCAGUCUAUUUAUUCAAGCACUGAAUAAAUGGACUGCACGCACUGUUUAUUU